UCUUGCUUUCAUUAAUUUACCCAGAUGUAUCACAACCCCAGCAUGGUGAAGCCAAAGAGGCGUGGUCUACCACCCCAUGUCCUGUACGUCUUGGCAUCGGCCCUAGGCCUAGGCCUCCUAGUCAUCAUGUGGAAUGUCUACCAGCUCAAGGCAAUGCAGGAGGCCCACUUCAUUGGGCACGGCCCGUACCCAGGUGCCCAGGUAGCAGAGGCUUCGGGAGGGACUGUGGAUAGUUACAGGCGGCCAGUGGUGUGGAUACACGCAAAACAUGUGAAUUCCGGAUACUUGAAGCAUGUAAUGGCUGUUUUUGAGAGGGCAGGGUAUAUCCGUGGUGAUGCACAGUCCAGCUGGGAUGUACUCUGGGCCCAUGACUAUCCUUUCAAAGAACUCUCUGCUGUCAUGGCAACGCUCAAGCCCUAUCAGAAGGUCAACCAUUUCCCAGGGACAGGGUACAUUACCAAUAAAGUUUAUCUGGCGACCUCUGACAUUGCAUACAUUCCAAAAGCAUUUCAGAUGCCAAAUCAGAGAGAUGCGUUCUUACUAGAGACAAAACAGAAUCGAGACACACUAUGGGUUCAGAAAAGCAGUUCACAUCGGGGCAUCAAAGUCAAGUCAGUUGAAGAACUGGACCUUUAUGCCCCAAACACCUUCAUCCAGCAAUACAUCUCCAAUCCUUACCUCAUCGAUGGCAAGAAAUUUGAUCUGGGAUUCUAUGUCACUCUGACCUCUGUUGACCCCUUACGUGUCUAUGUACUCCAUGAUGAGAUGCUUGUACGAUUCUGUCCUACGGUAUACAACCCCAUUGACUUUGCAGAUGUCAAUAAGUAUGUCGUCGGUGAUGAUUACACUCCAGUAUGGAAGAUGCCAUCACUACAGAAGUAUUAUCAGGAAUAUAAUUACAACUUUAUGGAAACCAUGAAUGCAUACUGGAGAUCAAAAGGUAACGACCCAGAACAUGUAUACAGACAGAUUAAUGAAGCCAUUCGUGGAGUGUUUGUCAGCAAGUAUCCACAACUUGUAAGUUCUUUGCAGAGGCAUGAAAACAAACGUGUCUUCUUUGAAUUGAUGAGAUUUGACUUUGUACUGGACGAAGAACUGAAUGUCUUUCUAAUGGAGGUUAACAUGUCUCCUAAUCUAUCAUCAGCUCAUUUCACAGACAAUAUCCACCUUUAUGAGAGAGUGGUGUAUAAUGUUCUCAGUGUCAAUGGUGUAGCAAGGAAUGUGCCUUUUAGCUUGAAAAACAGUGAUUCUAAAGAGAGGGGGAUGCAAGUGAGUAUGAAGGAAAUCCUUGUGAAGUCGGACCUUUGCAGCUCGAAAUCAUGCAGCACCUGCGAACAAGAGGAAUGCCGAAUCUGUUACAAAUGUUUGCAACCACCUCAGAAGAUGAUGCUCCAGGACGCUUUCCUUGAACACAAUAAUAGACGGAGUAUGAGGAGAGUUUAUCCAGAAGCUAUCACACAUGAGCAAGCAAAGAACUACGACAUUUCAUCGGAUGGAAGCCUUCAUGAGAAUGAUCAGAUUAUGAGGGAGUGGUUUGCAGCAAAGUGUGCCCAAGAUCUAUCAUAUUGUCAGUGAUGAAUGCUUGACGAAGAGCUGAUCGCAGGACAUGAUGUAAUAUGUAUCAAGACACAUCUUCAAAGGACAGUCUAUGCAUCAUGGAGAAGGUGUAUCUUUUCGUGGAAAGGUCAUUGCUCAAUGUGCCUCUUGAAACAUGAUGAAGGUGAAUCAAUUCAGCUGCUUUCAAGACAAAAUCCAACAAGAAAUUUUUAUGCCAUGACGGCAGAAAAGGCCAUAAUUUUUUAUUUACAUGCACCUCAAUUUUAAGCGCACUAGAAACAAAAGAGAUAGCUCUUCAUGUGAUAGAGUUGUCUCAAAGGGUAGUGCAUGUAAAGUCAUUGCCUAAAGGAUCUGGGUGGCUUCUGUAUUAAAGCAUAUGGGUAUGAAAGAAUUCAGUAGUCAUUGGGUUAAAAAAUAACAUAAUAACUGAU